AUGGUACGGCGCAUGUUUUUACCGUACUACUCGAAGGCCCGGGGACCGCCGAGACUUCGUUUCCAGGUUAUGGGUAUUCGAGGUCGUAGAUUUUUGAAGCUGGUUGCUGCGAAUCAGCGUGAUCCUCGAGAUGGGAAACACAUGGAAGUGCUGGGAAGCCUACAACGGCGACCGUUAAAUCCCAUACCGUCAGCGAUUGACGAGACACAUGACAGUCUGUGCGAGAUACGGCUGAGAUUCAGUCGUAUAAAAUUUUGGCUUGGAGUGGGAUGUGAAAUGGGCAUUCCUGUACAGAAUGCUCUAGCUCACGCCAACAUUAUUCCUCCACCUCCGCCAAAAUAUGGUCUUCGAACUAGAGGACACUAUCACUUAUUAUCGCAAAUAGCUGAGCGGCAAGCCCAGAUGCAUCUAGAUCAGGUUAAAGCUUUCCUGAAUACGGAUGAACCAUUGUAUGUUGAUCCAUCGGCACGACCUGAGCCACCUGAACCUGAGGAAAGUCCGGCAAGGACAGUCGCUCAGGCUAUGUAUCCUCCAGAGAUGCGUGAACACAUGAGAACUCCUGUGGAGUCCGAUCCCUUGGAGGUGGGACAUGCACCUCCGGGAAGUGGCGUUAUUCGCCGUAUAGUUAGGUAA